UGCUGCUGAAGAACAGAGACCUGCUCUCACCUCCAGCUCCUGUCCAACAGGAUGGACGGUGGAACCACGGGAGAACACUGCACUGGAUUAUUAUGAGUCUGAACGAAUAGCUCUUCAUUAGACAUGGUACUUCCUGAAAAGACCUCCAGACCAUCUGCUCCGAAGAGGGUCACGCAGCAGCGUGCUCUGCGGCACCAGAGCUUGCCCUCCCCGGCUCUGUGCUGUGCCUGUGGCCUGUGCAUCAUGCUGGCUGGCAUUAACAUCACCCUGGUGGGAGCUUUUGCCUUUGGCACCUUCGUCCCUACUGGUAACCCUCCCAUCAUCAUUGGGCCUCUUCUUUUGCUGAUAGCGUUGGCCUUCUUCACGGCCUGCUGCGUGGUCAGCAGGAGACCUCGGGCCCAAAUGGCCAACAAGGCUAAAGGCGCUGAAAAGUGGGGGUUGAUGCGAAUGGGUACUGCGGCAUUUGAGAUGGAGACAAGCGAGCACACGCUGCAGGACACCACAGCCGUUCAGCUCAGCCCCACCAACUCCCCCAGCACCUCUCACAAGUCCGGCUCCAGUCAGGGGGGAGAUGCCGCUCUACCUGCCUGCCAGGAUGACACCAGUGAGCUGCACAAAUCUGAGACCUCUGACAGCAAGGAGAGCACUCCCAUACUAACGCUGCCUGCUCACAAGACUUCCUCCACAUAGUGUGGACUUCAGCCUGUCUGCAGGGAUUCACAGAACUGGUCACGUAUAAACCUGCAGAACCAGUAUCCUGAUAAAGAGCCAGCGGACUGUUAAUCUGUAAUCCGUUAUGUAUUAUGAUUUCUGUAAAGUGCCUUUGAGUAUCGUAUACUAUAUAAACACAAUGUCUUAUUAUUCUUAUAUUUAUUAUAGCAUGAUGAUGAUAUGAACAUAUUUAUUGACCAUUUUAUUAGGUACACUGGACAAUAAAGUGGUACCUGGUGUGGUCGUCUGCUGCAGUAGCUCAUGUGCUUCAAGGUCUGAUGUGCCGUGUGAUCAGAGAUGGUUUUCUGCCUCUCUUAAGUGCUAAUCUUAGUAACUGUUGUGGGUUACUGUUGUCUUUCUAUCACAUUCACAGAGAAGUGCUGCUCACUGACUGGAUGUUUUCUCUUUUUGAAUCAUUAUCUGACAUUAGUGAUGGUUGUGUGUGAAAAUCCCAGAAGAUCAGCAGUUCCUGAAAUACUCUUCACACGUUCAAAGCUAUCUAUUUAUACCUUUCUUCCUCAUUCGGAUGCUCAGUGAACUCUGGCAGGUUGUCUCGAUGUCUGCAUGCCUACAUGCAUUAAGUUGCUGCCAUGUGACUGGCUCAUUAGAUAUUUGCAUUAACUAGAAAUUGAACAGUUGUACGUAAAAGCGGUGAGUGUAUAUUGAUUUGCCAGAAACGGAAACAAGCGAUGAUGAUGAUGAUACCGUGAUCUAAGUGCCUGUGUGUGUUCUUACUGCUGUGCAAAACAAUGUGUUAAGGCAGAUUAUCUUAUUAUGUUCAUGUGUUAGGGAUCAACUGUGAAUCAUCAAUGCACGUCACUGUGUGAAUGGGAACAGAAGAUGAAACUGUUCUUAGCCUCAUUUUUUUUUGUAUUCACACCUGACAUAAGUGUUAUUAUAUCUUUAUUUUUAUUGUGCAUAUGUAUGUGACCCUGAGAUUUGAGAUAAUGGAUUUCCAGGCACAAAUGUGUGUUUUUAACUUCAAAACAGUCAGUAUAAUGUCAUGUUGUAGUGCCACGAUGAUCAGUUAUUAUACAGAUGUUAGUGCAUGUUUCGGGUUGUCUGUACUUUUCUU